CCGACGCUCAUCAUGGCAUCCGAGGAUCAAGACUCGCUGGAUGCGCUGGACGCGCUGGAGAGAGAAGCCUCCGACUUCACCAAGGAUGCAGAAAUUGACCGCAUUCGGAAUGCGUUCUCCCUAGACGCAUACGCGGUCCUCGAUCUACAACCCGGCGUCCCCGAAUCGGACAUCAAAGUCCAAUACCGCAAAAAGUCUCUCCUGAUCCACCCGGACAAGACGAAGAACCCCUUGGCUCCCGAUGCCUUCGAUCGCCUCAAGAAAGCACACACGUCGCUGAUGGACGAGAAGGCGCGCACGUACCUGGACGAGUGCAUCGCGGAUGCGCGACGGCUGCUGAUCCGCGAGCACAAGUACACGGUUGACUCGCCGGAGCUUCAGACGGACGAGUUCAAGAAGGAGUGGCGCAAGAAGACGGUCCACGUGCUCCUGGACGAGGAGGCGCGGCGGCGGAGACAGGCCAAGGCCCGGCUCCAGGAGGAAGGGCGCGAGCGGCGCAAGGAGGAGGAAGAGCUGGAGGCGCGCAAGCGGAAGCGGGAUCAGGAUAAGGCCUGGGAGGACACUCGGGAGGAGCGGAUAGGCAGCUGGCGGGACUGGCAAAAGGGCCACAAGAAGGACGACGACAAGAAGAAGAAAAAGAAGAUGAAGGUCUUGGGAUGAUGAUGAUGAAGGUAUAAGGUGGCAUUACAACCUGCAGGCUACCUGCAGGCUACCCUGGUCAACUGGCGUUGGAAGGAUGUCUUUGGAGCGGUGGUAUCGGUCUCUCCUGGUGGAUUCAUUAUGUUGCAUUCUCAUUGUCAUUGUCGCCUGUUAUUUCUAUGCUAGUGAUUUAGCGACCUUCCAGCCCUAUAGCAGGAUCAAUAGCACAUCCGCUGUCAACACUGUGGUGUUGUCAUGCCCCGUGCGCACUUCACGAAAGCACAGACCAUUGGAGGUAGAUCGAGCACGCACCUCA